UCGUGUACCGUAUCGCAGUUUCUCAUUAGGAGACCAUAUGAAUUUACUUUCAGUUUGACAUAAGUAUAUAUUUAGAGCCACUCCAAUGCGUCGAUUGGUAAUUCCUGCUGUUUCUGCUGUAUCCCUUGGAAUUGGAGGGGCUCUCGGAACUUUUUUCGAAAGGAAAAAGCUUCAUCAUGGUGUUUUUUCUAUGGUCCAGGCCAAACCCAAACAGCUUGACACAGUUGAUGGUCCAGGCUCUAGAAUGUCAGAAAUUAUGAGAUUUGGAUAUCCUGGUUUUGAAAAUAUUAAAGCUAAGGAUGAUUAUGUUUUGUCUUAUAACCGUCGCCUAAGAAUUGCCAACUGGGUCUGUGAGCAUUUAACUGCAAGGAAUGUCUACAAUACAGAUCUUGACAGGAGAAGAUGCGAUUUUGUAGUUGAUCCUUCAAUACAUCCCCUGUUCUCAACAACGAAUGAGGAUUACUGGGGUAGUGGAUAUGACAGGGGACACCUGGCUGCUGCAGCCAACCACAGGUCAUCGCAGAACUCUAUGUGUGCCACUUUCUUUCUAAGUAACACGAGCCCUCAAGUCGGCUCGGGAUUUAAUCGCGAUGCUUGGGAACAUCUUGAGAAAUAUUCCCGCCAUUUGGUAAAGUCAUACAAGAACGUCUAUGUUGUUACAGGACCACUCUUUCUACCAAAGGUGGAGUUAGACAAUCAGCUUUAUGUGAAGUACAAGUUGAUUGGGAAAAAACGCAUUGCAGUUCCGACGCAUUAUUUUAAAGUCAUUCUGGGAGAAACCAUGGAUGAUCAGUUAGAAAUACAGUCGUACAUAUUGCCCAAUCAGCCAAUCAGCGAGAUGACACCGUUACACAACUUCCAGGUCCCAGUUGACACGAUCGAGAAAGCUUCAGGACUAAUUUUAUUCGACAAAAUUCCGCGAAACGCUUUGAAACAGAUUCGACCGGUGCUCACCCCUAACAGCUGACAAGGAAGGCAAUAACGUGUGUGGUGAUGAUAAAUAGUUUCCAAGAUUUGACUUAUAUGGCCUGAUCUAGGCUCUCGGUUUGUAGAAGCGAGCAAAAGAGAGCGGGGGUCUAGGAAGGAGUCACGAGGAAGAUCCUCUCCCUAGUCCCCACACGUUUUUUUCCUUUAUGUUAGGUGCCUGCUACAGGCCAAGUAUGAUCAACGGGCAAACCCCAACAUGCCAUGGGCAUCUAAUGUCUCCUAAAAAUUUCAAUACAUUCUCUACAGAACAGGCUAGGAGAACAAACUAACUUGUCGGCUAAAUGGAUGAGUUCUGUUUGUCAAGUAUUGUAGAAAUCAAGUUAGCCGGACUGAGUAGAAAGUGCUCAAAAGUUCAAGUCUGGCAAAUAUUGCUGGUUGAAAUCUAAGUUUUUAACAUGGCACCUUUAUUUGUUUCUUGCCAUUGACUUUCACAAUAUUGUCGUAUUCAUAUGAAAUUUUAAAGAAAACAUUCUGAAAAUGA